AUGAAAAUGUCUGAUCGUGUUGUUUACGAGUGGCCAAAGGGCGAGCGUGGUAGUAAAAUAGCAGCGAGUAAAAUCACCGCUAAAUACAUUGAAACUUGUGUCGGCGCCGAUGUUGCCGAUUUGGCCAAAAUAGUUUUUAAUAAUCCUUCAUCCCGAUUCCAUCAGGAAUGGACUGCGGCUGUCAAGUCCUGUGAUCCGCUUGAUAAGGGAGAAACUCGAGAUAGAAGAUGGACAGAGUUUAGGAUCAGGUGCGGGGCUACGCUGAUUGAAGCGAUGAUUACGGAUAUUAGAAGUGACCCUACACUAUCUAUGCAGUUGAACCCCAGCGACUUUGUGGAUCACUGGGUGUUUUCUAAGUGGAUAUAUGAUUACUGGCUCGCGGCUAGUCGUGGGAAUCUUAACUGGGCAGGGAAAGGCAAACAAACAUAUACACCAAAAUCACCUCAAAAGAUAAUGGCAGCGCCUCCUCAUACGAAUGAUUCACAAGAAUCGCGGGAGUCACCACCUGCAAGAAAAGUAAUGAGUAUCGCCGAAUUAGCGUCCUAG